AUGCAUAUUCCUCACGGGAUUCAUGUGUCAAUAUUGGAAAACUCUUCGUUUACAUCGUCUGAUCUCCUUCAUUUGGCUUUAUCUUGUAGUCAAUGGGCAAAAUAUGCCCUUUCUCAUUUAUGGAGAGCUAGGAAAUUUAUGGACAAUGAUUCUCUUCAACGAUUUAGAUCAACCCUUUCUGAAUCUAAUUUAUUAUUUCCAUAUGGUGAAUAUGUAACAAAAAUUCAGCUAGAUGAAGCAGAUAGACAAUCUUCAAUAUGUAUUGAUGCUACCUUAAUUAUUUUCUUAGCCAAUACUUGCCCAAAUCUUAAAGAUAUUCAAUUUAAAUUUUCUUCAAAGGCUCGUCCUGAUAAACCUUGGAAAUUACCUUUAAAUCUUUUAAGUGAUAGAUUGAUUCGUAUCAAUCUAACCACUUAUGAACAUGUAGUUAAUGAUGUUGAUGCUCUUGAUGAUUUUGACAAAGUUAGAAACAUUGAAAAUGAAGUAUCAACUCCUCAGAACUUUGCUCGAAGUAUUGUAAAUUUAUUCACCACUAGUUCUAAACCAAAACAAAUUAAUUUUAAUAAUAAUGAUGUCAAUAAUAAUUUUGAUGCAUUGUGCGAAGCUGUGCUUCCCGGUAAUAUUAAUAGCAUUAGGUUAUAUUAUCCAAGAAUGACUCUGAAUAUUUGGGAAAGGUUCACUAAAUGUGCUGGUAAUUCUCUUCUAUCUAUUCGAAUAAUUCUCAAUCAUGCUACCAUGACAUUUGAAGAUCCAUCAGAAAUUGCUAUCUUAUUUGGCAAAUAUUGCAAAAAUUUAAGAAAAUUUGAUUUAGAAGCACUUCAAUGUCCUCCAAUUUCUUAUUCAGCAAUGUCAUUUAUGUUUGAUAAUUGUUUAAAAUUAGAAAAGAUUGAUGCUCCUAUUUCUGGUGAAGUAUUAGACAUAAUUCAUACUUCUAAAUCAUUAAAAUCAAUUUCUUUUAAUGAUAUUGUUCAAGGACAAUCUUUAAAAGCAACUUUUAAAAUGAAUAAUCUUCAAAGUCUUGUUUUUUUGAAGAUUGAUGGUCCUUGUGACCUUUCAUUUCUUGAAAUGUUUCCAAAUCUUCAACAUAUACAAAUCUGGGAUUUUCCUUCUUUCACCUAUGAAUCUUUUAGAAGAAUUA